AUGGCUGCUAAGCAAUCAAUACAGACUAAGAAAGAAAUGCCAUCAAAUCUAGGCCGCAGUGUGAUGCUAACACGGUUUAAACUAUCACAGCAGAAACGACAACUAAGGGAGAAGGACAGAAGAAUGACUCAUAUAACUCAACUUCUUAAAAGCCCACAUUUAUUAACGAAAACUAAAGACAAUAAAGAGAAGUCUGUAAAAACCUCACCUAAAUUAAGUAGACCAUCAGUAAAACCCUCCAAAAAAGAGAAACCGCUACAAACAAAGAAGUCAAGCAAAGUAGAGUUCUGUCCCAAUAAGGUCAAAAGAAAUAUAGUUGCAAAGAAGAUUGUAUUGAAACCGAGACAUGAACUCAAGGUUAUCGGUAGCACUAAUGGAGUUAAUAAGAGGAAACUGGACAUGACACAAAAGGAAAUAAAAUCACCCCCCACCAAAAAAAACAGAACGAACCACAAACUUUCGACAUCACCAUUCAAUUCCAUUUCUAUAGUAACAGACAACGGAUCUCAAAGUCCGAUAUAUUCUGAGCUGGGCUUUGAGGAGGUGAUAAGAAUGGCAGACGAAACUCAGAACCUUGAUGAUGAAGACUUGCUCGAAAUACUGACAUGUCCAAGUCCAGUUUGGUGGGAGGAUCCGCCUGAUGAUAACUAUUUGGAUGAUCCUAUAAUAAUGAAAUCACCUAAAAGUUCGGUUGUACCAACUUUGAUUAAGCAAUUCAAAAGUAAACCUUCUAGAAAAAAGAAACCGCAUAAGGUCAUUUUGGAAUCAAAUGCGUCAAAAGAAAAUGAAAGUGGGGAACACUCAAUGGACGUUGGUACAAUAAUGGAUUCUACCACAUUAAAUACCAAUAGCAAAUCAGACGAUAAGUUUAAGAAUAAACGUAGUAAAUUAGAAAAUUUACUGAGCAAUAUUAAAGAUAAACUAUGCAAACCUAAAACUGACCAGGACGGUGAUAAUAUUAAAGAUCAAGCUCUUUUCAUAUCUACAGACAAUAGUAAUAUCGAUAGUACUAAAACCUUAGACGAUGCCAACAAUUCGCAUCCUAAGCAUAGACAAGAAACUGUUUCAGAAAGUACAGAUGAUAGUUUAUUUCCAGAAAUGUCACUUAGUGAUCAUAACAGUCUAAAAUUAUUAGAAAACAUGGAAAUUCCAGUAGAAGGAAAGAAACAGGAAUCAAUUACACAGGGAGACGAAACCAUUUACGUAGAUAUUCUUCCAGACAAGUUUACGAGCCUAAAUAAAAUUGUAAAUACUAUUAAACAUUUAAGAAAUACUAAAAAUGAUUUUUCUAAAAGAAAAACUAUUAAUAUAAAAAAUAUAAAGUUAAACACUAUGGCAAAUUUAUCAUCAAAUAAAAACGUCUCAUCUUUAUCCGAAAGCAUAGAAACGGUGACAAAAUUAAGUCAAGAUGAUAUAAAACCUAAUCGUAAUAAAGAUAUACAACUUCCGUAUGUUGAUGAAUUAGAAAAAAAAUGUGACGAAGAAGAAAAAUUAGACAAUUCAGUGAAAUUUACAACAGAUACCACCAGCGAAAAAUCUAAUGAAGAUAUGACUGAGGAAUAUAUAACAGUAUUUAAAAUAAUUUCUAAUGAUACUGAUGUUCACAAGGACGAUUUAUUUAAAUCAAGUGAUGAUGAAUCUGUUGAUGGAGAAAACUCGGUGCUAUUUGAAGAUAUAUCACACGAGAAAGAGACAGAUAACUUCACGAUUAUAAGCAAAGAAAACGAAAAUAUAGAUAAAGAUCAAAUAAAACUAAAUUCAUAUUAUAAAAAAUGCAAAAAUGUUCGAAGAGGGUCAAAAAAGCUAGCCAAAUAUUCAACGAAAGAUAAUAAAAAAACAGCCGAAACUAUAAAACCUGAGAAAAAGGAAAGAAACAUCGAGAACGAUGGUACACAACUAUGUGAUGACUGCAAUAUUGAUUCCAAAAACUCUAUAAUCGUACCGAGCACAACAGAUGUUAAGUAUUGCCUGAAAUGCUCCUCCAUUUUUGAUUUGGAUGAAUGCAAUUAUUGUCUUAGAAAAGCGAAGGGAAAACAAAACGAUAAAGACGAACCUGGUGACUCUAACUCAGAAAACGUAGAUAACGAGUUUGAAGUGAGAAGCAAAAAUAUUAAUAGUUGCAAGUGA